AUGAUUAAAAAAGAGAGGCACGUGUGUCAACAAACUCAGACCCUUCUGUCUAAGAAUUUUCUUAAAACAUGGAGAAUGAAAAAAGAGAGCUUAUUGAUGUCUCUUAAAGUUGGCUUGUUCAAGCGAGGCACCAACCAGACCAAAACUGUUCUCUUGUUGAAUACCCACGUUCUCUUCUGGAACCCUUACUUCUGCACGCCUCGCUCACCCACGCUGGGCACGGGCUCUCCUGCCCCGCGUGGAUUCUGCCCAGACCUGGCGCUCCGUGCAUUCUCCGUGUGGUCCCUGACCUCAUCUCUUCAAACACCCAAUGCCAGCUACCAGGCCAGCCCGGCCUGGUCACAGCGCCUCUUUCACCGUCUCGGAAGAACAAUCGUUGGGACUCCUGAUGAAGAAACCAUUGACACAGCACUUGCAAAAAACUACUCUGAAAUGGUGGGAAUUGUGUUUAAUGAUACGUACUCAUACUGGCUGAAGUUUAGCUGGGGACAUAGAAUCCCAGUUAUGAGAGAACACUUUGAAUACUCAGAACAUUGUUGGGCUCUGCGUGAUGCAGUCUUUUGUUCCUUGACAACAUCCUGGCAAAAAGGGUUUGUGGCUUUUCAAACCGCAAUUAAUGCUGCAAUUAUAGAUGUCACAACAAAUCGUUCUGUGAUGGAAGAGUUGACAUCAGUUAUUGGAAUAAAUAUGAGGACACCCCCUUUCAUUUCUCAGGAAGAAACUACAAAUGAAUGGUUUAUUUUUAUUUGUGUAGUUUAUUUCUCCCUUCUGUAUACAUCAUUAAACAUUACAAAGGAAGGAAAAAAAUUUAAGAUGACAGUGAUGGGUCUCCCAGAGUCGGCCUUCUGGUAA